UGUAUCAUAGAGUUUGGCUGUGAAGUGUUAAACGCUGCUCAGAGCUGUCUCAGUGUAACUGAAAACCACAGCUGGAUUUCCUGUGGAAGAGACGAGCGCUGAGGUGAUACCUGCAUUUAUAUGAGUGUGUUCACAUCCUCACCAUCCUCCUCCUCAUCAUCAUCAUUCAUCUGCAUCAUCAUCACCAUCAUGUUCUGUCGUUCUCUCCUGCUGGUUCUGCUGGUUCUUGUCUGCCUUCAGUCCAUUACAACGUUCCUGAAUGCAAAUGGACUAGAUCGAUGCUGUUCCCGUUACCAGACACAUCCAAUCCCUGUAAGAUGCAUUACAGCGUAUGAAGAAACAGACCAUCACUGCCCAAAACCUGGAGUCAUUUUUACGGUACAACAUGGUCACCCUGUGUGUGCAAAUCCCACAGAUAGAUGGGUGCAGAAGGUCAUAGAUGAAAUUGACAGCCACUCGUUUACAAGCUGGGUCAAACCUGAAGGUGGGUAAUCCUCUCUCCAUUAAUAAUAGUCCAUAUUUAUUUUAUAAACAUCCUUUUUAUGUAUCUCUUCCUGUAAUUGGACAGGAGGAAUAAAGCUUUUUACUAUGAAUAACUUUAAAAGUAAUGUUUUGCUUGAAUUAUUCUAGCGUUAUUUAAGUGAAUAAAACUAUGGGCUGUGGGCAUAAAGAACAUUUCUAAUAAUAUAUUAUGUUUGUUUCUGAUUUUAGAAAAAGGAACAUUAGACAUUUUAAAAGAAAAUAUUCAAAGACAUUACAGUGUUCACAAUGUCAUCUUUGAUACUGACAUUAAAAACAAUUAUUAACAAAUACAUGAAUAAAAAAUAAUAAUCACGCUAAUAUUAUGACAUCUAAUUUACAAAAUCAACAGCAGACCAGUAGAAACUGGAUGAGAAUUGUGCUUUAUUCUUCCACCCAGGAAAUGGUUAAAAAAUAAAGUGGUUGUAUUUUUACAGGCCCGUUUCAAUUUGAGUAACACUGCUGAAUUGAGACACACCAUUAAAUAAAAAUAUAUAAAUAUUUAAUGAGAAACUGUGUAUACUGCCUCACAUUUCUAAUA